AUGCCGAAUAAAGAAUUCACAAAAAGACAUCAAGAUCAUCAUGGUUCUGAAAUUGCAAUUUUCUGUACCCUUGGCGUUGAAGCUGACGCGAUGAUUGCGGUGUUUGAUGAGAUUUGGCCGGAAGAUCGGUAUGAGAGGUGUCAUAACGACACCAAUAGUUAUACUUUUGGUCGGAUUCAUCAACACCCUGUCGUUCUGGUCCACAUGCCUCGCAUGGGCAAGACAUCAGCGUCCAGCGUCGCCGCCAGCUUGCGGUUCAGUUUUCCAUAUAUCCGCGUCGGCUUACUGGUCGGUGUAUGCGGCGGGGCUCCCGUCUCCGCAAGUCGCAAACCAGAAAUUAUUCUGGGAGACGUUAUUAUCGGCACACACAUUGUCCAAAUCGAUCUUACGAGGCUAUACCCGCACACUCUAGUCCGCAAGAGCGCCCUGCAGGACAAUCUCAGUAGGCCGAGCCAGGAGAUCAGCGGGUUCUUGUCUAAACUCCAGAGUCAAGCCGCCCAGAUCGAUAUCAGAGAUUCAAUGCGAGUAGACCUUGCCUCUAUCUUCAAAUCAACAAUUUACCCUGGUACCAAUAGAGACAUCCUCUUUGAAGCAAGCUACAGUCAUAAGCAUGCAGACAAAAAUGCAUGCUCCCUAUGCAUAAGCCCCGACAAUGAUGUCUGUGCCAAAGCCUCAGCCAUGUCUUGUGCCGAGCUUGGGUGUGAUUUCAGCAAGGUGAUAUCUCGAACUCGAAUACAGGCCAUAAACGAUGAAGGUCACAGGGAUUCGUCCUGCUAUCCGGCAGUACAUUUUGGUGGAUUAGCGUCAGGGGAUCAGGUUAUCAAAUCUGCAUUACACCGCGACCGCAUUGCCGAACAGGAAGGUGUGAUCGGCUUUGAAAUGGAAGCGGCCGGCUUGUGGGACAUGGUUCCGACAAUUGUGGUUAAAGGGGUUUGUGAUUAUGCUGAUAGCCACAAGAAUAAGGACUGGCAGCUUUAUGCCGCAGCAACAGCAGCGACAUGCGCAAAAGGUUUGCUGAAGCUAUGGAGAAAAUCACCAAGACCAACGGAGGAUAAAUUUAAUGGCAAAGAAUCUGCUUCAUCACGGAUACAGCAAGUCUUCAGUGGCAACUUCACGGCUGGAAAAAACGUCCAUAACGGUGGUAUUUAUACAGCUAGAUCGUUCAACUUCUAA